CAGACUCGCGAUUCUGACCGAGUCUACCCGAGUCUACCCGAGUCUACCCAAAAACGAGUCUGUUAACGAGUCAACUCGUUUUGCUGCCCUGGAAUCGUAAACUCGUACGAGUCUACGAGUUGACUCGUGAGUUUGACAACCAUGCAUAGAGCAAUAAGAGUGCAUGAGAGAAAAAUAAAGAAGGCAGAGGCUAAGAAAAAUCAUGAACAUGCAAACAGGUUGCGGGAGAAAACACCCAAACCCAAGAUAGAUAGGAUUAUUCGACAGAGGUACCCGAGAUUUGUGGAUGCACUUGGAGAAUUGGAUGACUACCUUACAAUGGUGCACCUUUUUGCAGCAUUACCUGUAUCAGAGAGUAAAAAAAUUGAAGUGGAGAGUGUCCACAAAUGUCGAAGAUUGGCACAUGAAUGGCAAGCAUUCAUAUCAUGCACUCACAAGUUAAGAAAAACAUUGUAUAUGUUAAAGGCAUAUACUACCAGGUACAUUGAAGCUUCUAUACUUUCAGUUUAUGAUUUUGCACGUUGGAACUUGGUAUAA